AUGGCACUCCAAUGGGUGAAGCCGUGGAUCGCUCUCGUCUUCGGACUAUCUGCUGCACAUUCUGAGACUGUUAUGAUUCCAGAUAUGACUGCCAUUGGGAGUCUAUAUGAUUCCAAACUGCAAAUCUUAUCAGCAGGAGUGAGUCCCACUCAUAACGGGCAGGUCUGCAGCACAUGGGGUAACUACCACUACAAAACCUACGAUGGAGACUUCUUCCAGCUGCCCUACACCUGUAACUACGUGCUGUCGUCGUUGUGUAAGAGCAGCAGCGGCUACGAGGCCUUUAACAUUCAGUUGCAGCGCGGGGAGGUAGAUGGGCUGCCCACAAUCACCAAGGUUUCUUUGAAGCUGGAUGGAACCUUCGUGGAGCUGGCCAACGGUAACGUCAGCGUCAACGGAUUACAGGUCACCAUACCGUUUGGUCAGUUUAACGUCUUCAUUGAGAGGACCGUUUCCUAUGUGAAGAUCACAGCUAAGCUGGGGUUAGUCGUCAUGUGGAAUGAAGAUGACUCCUUCUGGGUGGAGCUGGACUCAAAGUUCCAGAAUCAGACUUGUGGGCUGUGUGGAGACUUCAACGGAGUCCAGAUUUACGACGAGUUCAUUAGGAAUGGUGAUUAUCUGAAGACAAUCGACUAUGGAGAUAUUUGGAAGAUGAAUGGCCCAACAGAGACGUGUACAGAAAUCCCUGCUCACACUGAGCAGUGUGAAGACCAGACCAAACUUUGUGAGCAGCUUCUCACCAGUCUUGCCUUCAGUAGCUGUAAGGACCUGAUUGCCACAGACUCCUUCAUCAAGGCCUGUGCAGAAGACAUGUGUCACUGUGGCAACAGCAGCAGCAGUGCCAGCUGCGCCUGCCCCACCAUGUCAGAGUACUCCCGCCAGUGUGCUCACGCAGGGGGGAAACCCCAAGAGUGGAAGACCGACCACUUCUGCUUGAAGACGUGUCCUUUAAGCAUGCAGUACCAGGAGUGUGGUAGUCCCUGCACUGAUACCUGCUCCAACCCAAAGAGGAACCAGCAUUGUGAGGAACACUGCACCGACGGAUGCUUCUGCCCUGCUGGAACCGUAUUUGAUGACAUCACUCAGACUGGCUGUGUAGCUGUGAACCAAUGCUCUUGUCUCCACAACGGACAAUCUUACCAGCCUGGACAAUCAUUCUCAAGAACAUGCCAUAAAUGUACCUGUAUCCAAGGUCAGUGGAGUUGUAUGGACCUAGAUUGCCCAGCUACCUGCUCCAUAGUGGGAGGUUCACACAUCACCACCUACGAUGGGAAAGCCUACACCUUCCAUGGAGACUGCUCAUAUGUCCUGUCCAAGCAAACCAACGAGACUGCUUUCACAGUCCUGGGUGACAUAGUGAAAUGUGGGAAGACGGACAGUGAGACCUGCCUAAGAUCUGUAACCCUGUUGUAAUUUGAUCACUUGCAGAUGAUCGUCAUCGAGGCCAGUGGAAGGGUCUUUGUCAACAAGAUGUUUUCUCAGUUGCCGCUUUUCAUGGCGGAUGUAAGGAUCUUUCAGCCCUCUACGUUCUACAUCGUUGUGCAUACCUCUUAUGGGCUCCGUCUAGAGGUGCAGCUAACACCUAUAAUGCAGGUCUACAUCGUAGCUAGCAGUUCAAACAAAGAAAAAACCCAGGGUCUUUGUGGAGACUUUAACAGCGUCCAAGCUGACGACUUCAGAACCAUCAAUGGACUGGUGGAAGGAACCGCUGUAACGUUCGCCAACACGUGGAAGAACAAAGCAAGCUGUCCUGAUGUGGCACAGAGCUUUGAGAUCCCAUGCAGUCUGAGUGUAGAGAACGAGAGAUAUGCCAAGCACUGGUGCUCGAUGCUGUCAGAUCGUGAAGGAAUAUUUUCCCAAUGCCACACUGAGAUCAACCCAAAUUACUACAAGGAUAUCUGCCUGUAUGACAGCUGUAACUGUGAGAGGAGUGAGGAGUGCAUGUGUGCUGCGGUCUCCUCCUACGUCCAUGCAUGUGCUGCUGCAGGCGUCCUGCUCAGUGGAUGGAGAAAAACCACCUGUGGGAAGUACUCCUCUAGCUGCCCUGAUACGAUGGUCUAUGACUACACCAUGACCAGCUGUGACCGCACCUGUCGUUCACUGAGCCAGACAGACUUUACCUGCCAGUCAGACCAUGUGUCUGUGGACGGCUGUGGCUGUGCCGAGGGAACCUACCUGAACGACCAGGGAGAGUGUGUCCCUGCCUCACGCUGCUCCUGCUACCAUGGAGGCACAGUAGUACCCUCUGGAGAGGUCACCAGGAUCUAUGGGGCUACUUGCUCAUGCAGACAAGGGAAAUUAAGCUGUACUGGAGAACCACAACAUCUAUCCUGUAAAGAACCAAUGGGUUUCUUCAACUGUUCUAGUGCAGGGCCCGGAGCCAAGGGCUCAGAGUGCCAGAAGAGCUGUCAAACACUUGACAGUCACUGUAUCAGUGCAGAGUGUGUGUCAGGCUGUGUAUGUCCUGAUGGUCUGCUGUCUGAUGGAAACGGAGGAUGCGUCAAGGAAGACCUAUGUCCCUGUUCUCACAAUGGAGUCUACUACCAACCUGGACAUGUGCUCAAAGUAGACUGCAAUACCUGCACUUGCGAAGGCAGAAAAUGGCAGUGUACCAAUACGCAGUGUGAUGGGAUGUGUGCCAUAUAUGGAGAUGGGCAUUUCAUCACUUUUGAUGAGGAAAGGUUUACUUUCAAUGGAGAUUGUGAAUACACUCUUACUCAGGACUACUGCAGCAACAAUCCAAACGGAACCUUCAGAGUGAUCUCAGAGAACAUUCCCUGUGGAACCACUGGCACUACCUGUUCCAAGGCCAUCAAGCUCUUCUUGGGGAGCAAUGAAAUCAUACUAGCAGAUGAAUCUGUAAAAGUGAUCAAACAAGAGAAGGGGGUUGACGUGCCAUACCAGGUCCACUCUAUCGGUAUCUAUGUUGUUGUUGAGGCUGAAAAUGGCCUGAUCCUCAUGUGGGAUAAGAAGAAUAGCCUGUUCAUCAAACUCAGCUCUACCUUCCAGGGCCAAGUGUGUGGUCUGUGUGGAAACUACGACGGUAAUGGAAAGAACGACUUUACGUCCAGAAACCAGGAAGUGGUUGUUGAAGCUCUGGAGUUUGGGAACAGCUGGAAAGUGUCACCCAGAUGCCCCAACGCUGAUGUCAUAAAAAACCCAUGCACUUUAAGAUCCUACAGGCAGUCGUGGUCUCAGAAACGCUGCAGCAUCAUCACCAGUCACGUUUUCUCAGCCUGCCACUCACAGGUGGACCCCACGCCAUUCCAUGAUGCCUGUGUGAGGGACUCGUGUGCCUGUGACACUGGGGGAGACUGCGAGUGUUUCUGUACAGCUGUAGCAGCCUACGCCCAGGCCUGUAACGAGGCAGGGGCUUGUAUCAAGUGGAGAACACCAGAUAUCUGCCCUCUGUUCUGUGAUUUCUACAACCCUAUUGGUGAGUGUGAGUGGCAUUAUAAUCCGUGUGGAUACCCCUGUAUGAAGACCUGCAAGAAUCCCUCAGGAACAUGCUCCAGUCAGAUCCCUGCGCUGGAAGGUUGCUAUCCAAAAUGUCCUCCGGCCACUCCUUAUUUGGAAGAAAGUACCAUGAAGUGUGUCCGUAUCGUGGACUGUGGUUGCUACGAUGGAAAUGGAACUCAUUACAACAAGGGAGAGGUUAUACCUUCCAAGGAGAACUGUCAGAGUUGUCGUUGCUCAUCAACUGAGGCCAGUUGCAGCUAUGAUGUCCAAGCUUGCUAUUGUUUAUACGACGGCAGAACAUACCCGUAUGGAGCGACCAUAUAUCACACAUCUGACGGUGAUGGGACCUGUAUUACUGCCAUCUGCAAAGAGAACGGAACCAUUGUCCGGAUUAUGAAUCCCUGUCCCACCACCCCAACAACUACACCAAAUGUUACAACAACACAGAUAUCCACUCAAGCACCGACUACAACAGUAUUUGUUUUCUCAACUCCUACCACUACCCCAACAACAACCCCUACCACUACCCCAACAACAACCACUACCCCCACAACCCAACCGAAGGAAGUAGAAUGCAGAGCCAAAGAAAACAUCCAUGUUCCUUUGGCCGAACUAGGUCAAAAUGUUGAAUGCAAUCCCUCAGUUGGACUGAUAUGCCGCAACAAGGAUCAAGGCAUCCCACCAAUAUGCUACAACUACGAGAUCAGAGUCAGAUGUUGUGUUGAUGUUUGUAGCAAUGAGACAACUACCACCUCAGAAAGGCCCACAACAACCAUUACAACAUCAACAACUACCCCAACAACAACAACAGAAAGUCCAACAACAACUACCCCAACAACAACAACAGAAAGUCCAACAACAACAACUACCCCAACAACAACAACAACAGAAAGUCCAACAACAACUACCCCAACAACAACAACAACAACAGAAAGUCCAACAACAACUACCCCAACAACAACAACAGAAAGUCCAACAACAACAACUACCCCAACAACAACAACAGAAAGUCCAACAACAACUACCCCAACAACAACAACAGAAAGUCCAACAACAACUACCCCCACAACAACAACAGAAAGUCCAACAACAACAACUACCCCAACAACAACAACAACAACAAAACGUCCAUCAACAACUACCCCAACAACAACAACAACAACAGAAAGUCCAACAACAACAACUACCCCAACAACAACAACAACAGAAAGUCCAACAACAACAACUACCCCAACAACAACAACAGAAAGUCCAACAACAACAACUACCCCAACAACAAGAACAACAACAGAAAGUCCAACAACAACAACUACCCCAACAACAACAACAACAGAACAUCCAACAACAACUAUCCCUCCAACAACAACAACUUUACCAACAACAACAACAACAGAAAGUCCAACAACAACAGAAAGUCCAACAACAACAGAAAGUCCAACAACAACAACUACCACAACAACAACAACAGAAAGUCCAACAACAACAGAAAGUCCAACAACAACAACAACCCCUACCACUACUCCAACAACAACCACUACCCCCACAACAACUCCUACCCCCACAACAACCACUACCCCCACAACAACCACUACCCCCACAACAACCACUACCCCCACAACAACCACUACCCCCACAACAACCACUACUUCACCAACAACCACUACCCCCACAACAACCACUACCCCUACCCCCACAACAACCACUACCCCCACAACAACCACUACUUCACCAACAACCACUACCCCCACAACAACCACUACCCCCACAACAACUCCUUCCACUACCCCCACAACAACCCCUACUUCACCAAGAACCACUUCACCCACUACUACUCCACACUGCCUGACCAAGAAUCAUUACCCCAACCCCUACCACUACCACUACCACCUCCACAACCCCUACCACUACCCCUAUCGAUACCACUACCCCUAG